AUGUUCUUGCUUCCAUUUGUCAUUCGUCAUUCCAGCUCUAUUUACCUGCCCACGCUUCGAUUUCGAGGUUUACUUACUGUAAUCUCAAGAAACAUACACAUUUCCACCCCUCAUAAAAUGUUGCCUCUUUCAAUUGAGCAGAGAAGACCUUCCCGCUCCCCCGAAUACGAUCAGUCUACUUUAUCAAAUUAUAAGGACUUCGCAGUUCUUCACACCGAUUUAAACCUGUCUGUUUCCUUCGAAAAGUCAGCCAUUUCAGGGAGCGUUACAUUCCAAUUGAAAAAACUGCACGAAGGUAAAAAUAAAUCGGAUGAAUUACAUCUGGAUACAUCCUAUUUGGAUGUCCAGGAGGUUCAUAUUGAUGGUUCCAAGGCAGAUUUUCAAAUUGAGCAAAGAAAGGAGCCAUUGGGCUCCAGGUUAGUCAUCAAUAACGCUUCUUGCAACGAUAACUUUACCUUGAAUAUUCAAUUUCGUACGACUGACAAGUGCACCGCUUUGCAAUGGUUGAACAGCAAGCAAACCAAGGGCGGUAAACCGUACGUGUUUUCACAGUUGGAAGCUAUUCAUGCGAGGUCUUUGUUCCCCUGCUUUGAUACUCCCUCUGUGAAGUCUACUUUCACUGCAUCUAUCGAGUCCCCACUACCAGUGGUUUUUUCAGGCAUCAGGAUUGAAGAUACAAGCAAGGAUACUAAUAUUUACAGAUUUGAACAGAAAGUCCCUAUCCCAGCCUACCUGAUCGGUAUUGCUUCCGGUGAUUUGUCAAGCGCUCCAAUUGGACCUCGUUCCACAGUUUACACUGAACCAUUUCGUUUGAAAGAUUGUCAAUGGGAAUUUGAAAACGAUGUAGAGAAAUUCAUUCAAACUGCAGAGAAAAUUAUCUUUGAAUACGAGUGGGGCACUUAUGAUAUCUUAGUUAACGUCGAUUCGUACCCUUACGGCGGUAUGGAGUCUCCGAAUAUGACUUUUGCUACGCCCACCUUGAUUGCACAUGACAGAUCCAACAUUGAUGUCAUCGCCCAUGAACUUGCUCACUCAUGGUCUGGUAACUUAGUGACCAAUUGUUCGUGGAAUCAUUUUUGGUUGAAUGAAGGUUGGACCGUUUACUUAGAAAGAAGAAUUAUUGGUGCCAUUCAUGGCGAACCAACUAGACAUUUCAGUGCUCUGAUUGGUUGGAGCGAUUUGCAGAAUUCUAUUGAUUCUAUGAAAGAUCCUGAAAGAUUUUCCACUUUGGUACAAAACUUGAACGAUAACACUGACCCUGACGAUGCCUUUUCCACUGUUCCGUACGAAAAGGGGUUCAACUUACUAUUUCACUUGGAAACUAUUUUGGGUGGUAAGGCUGAAUUUGAUCCAUUUAUUAGACACUAUUUCAAGAAGUUUGCCAAAAAAUCAUUGGAUACUUUCCAGUUUUUGGAUACUUUGUAUGAGUUCUAUCCCGAAAAGAAAGAAAUUUUGGAUUCCGUUGACUGGGAAACUUGGCUGUAUAAACCAGGUAUGCCACCAAGGCCUCAUUUUAUUACGGCUUUGGCUGAUAAUGUUUAUCAAUUGGCUGACAAGUGGGUCGAAAUGGCUCAACAUUUGAAAACCACAGAGGAUUUCCGGUCUGAAUUUAACGCUAUUGACAUUAAGGAUUUUAAUUCAAAUCAAUUGGUUUUGUUCUUGGAAACUUUGACACAAAAUGGCCAUUCCAACAAGAAACCAAAAGAUUUUGACUGGGCCAAGUUUCCCGUGGCAUCUAGGGCACUGUUAGAUAUCUAUCAAGAUAACAUUGUUAAAUCACAGAACGCGGAAGUUGUUUUCAAGAUGUUCAAAUUUCAGAUCUUUGCCAAGCUGCAAGAAGAAUAUAAGCAUUUGGCCGAUUGGUUGGGAACUGUAGGUAGAAUGAAGUUUGUCCGUCCCGGUUACAGACUAUUAAACUCUGUAGACCGUCGAUUGGCACUUGCAACUUUCGACAAAUUCAAGGACACGUAUCAUCCAAUCUGUAAAGCUCUUGUGAAACAAGAUUUAGGUCUUUGA